GCUGCUGAAAACUGAGUGUGAAUACAUCCUUUUCAAUAAGGAUCUUGUAAGACAAUUGGUAAUAUUCUUAUGAAAGAGUCGAUAUCGAGGGCGAGGGUCCCAAUCGCUGAGAAACACUAGAUCAUGAUGGUUAAGGCAAAAGAGCAAAACCAAGAGCAAAAGACCAUCCUUUAGAACUCGACUUGCGGGACAAAAUUGAAGACCUCGUGGUCUUCUAUUAUGCGGUGGGGUGCGUAGUUCGGCCGGACUGAAGUUAAGUAUCGUCGGCGCUGGUGCUCCAUGAGCAUUCUUAGUGGAUGAAGAUGGUUUGUUGCUGGUGUCAUUUGUAAUAGGUAAUAGGUGGCUGGCGAGUUUGUAAAUUAAUCUCAUGAUGGCAUUCAAUAAACGCUUUUGUUUAUUGAGCUCCGGUCUUGACAUUCCGUCGGCAUCGCCAUGAAGUGCUUCCUUUCUUGUAUUUGACAUCGAUGAUUUUCGAAAUGAUGUCUUGAUUUUUGAGGAGCCAUUCUUCGAUUCGUUUGCCGUUACUUUUAUUCUUUUUGUGAAAUUGCUCUUGUGGUUAGUGAUCCGUAUGGAUGAUGACGUCUCUUAUACCCAAAUAUUGUUCCAGUUUUUUCAUGCACCAAAAAAGUGACUAAUGCUUCACGUUCGAUUGUUUUGUAAACUUUCUCGGUUGACAUCAGCAGUCUAGGGAAAAAACAAUUAUAAUGCGAUUCGGCGCCCACAAUUUGUUUCAGUGCGUCUGUAUUGAGGGUUGCACUUCGGAUUUUUUGGAAAUAGUUUAUGCAGUGUCACAAGGAGCGAUUUUAGGAUCGUUGUUGCUUUUAAUUUAUAUUGAUAAUUUGGAAAGUGAUCUGGAAUCUGGUUUGAGACUUUUUAUAGGUGAAUGAAUAAGACCUAAUGAGUUCUGCCCCUUCAGUUUCCUUCAGAGACCGAAACAUAUGCAGCAGAGGCAUUUCUUCAAGAUGGGACGAAAGACUAACAAAUUGUUUAUGGGAAAGAAAUAUGUUGCACCUAUCAAAGCCCGUUUUUGUUGAUGGUCUUCUAGACGUUGGUUGUAGUGAAGGCAACAUCAUACAGUUAAUAUUUUCUGUUCGGGGAGAUUUUAACGUUGAUGAACUAGUUGAAGAAGUUGAAAAACGCAAUGGAAUGAAAUUGCUGCAAUCAUGGUUGGAAACACAAGUGCGUGAUGGAUCAGACGAUCCCGAUGUUCACAAUACAAUUGCUAAAAUAUACAUUGAUUCAAACAGCAAGCCGGGGAAAUUUCCGCGUGAUAAUCUACAUUACGAUAAUCGUGUAGUGGGAAAAUAUUGUGAAGGAAGAGAUCCACAUUUGGUAUGUGUUCCACAUGAACGUGGUGGUUGCGAUAUAGAAUUCAUCAGUGUUUGCAAUGAAAAUUCAUUAUUUAGAAGUGAAGUACGCUAUUUCGCUCGUCGUAGAGAUCCUAAUUUAUGGGAACAACUAUUAUGUAAAGAUAAUCAAUAUCGCGAACAAAUUUCGAUUACCGUUAAAGCAUUUAUGACGGUUGAUUUACCAAACAAUUUAAUCGAAUUAUUAGAAAAAAUUGUUAUUGAUAAUUCAGUAUUUAGUGAACAUCGAAAUCUAGAAGCUUUACUGAUAUUAACAGCAAUCAAAGCCGAUCGUUCACGUGUCAUGAAUUAUGUAAAUUAUUUUCAAUCCACAAAAAAAUUUGAAGUAAAGACAUCAACUAUUCAAGUUUUAAUUGAUAAUAUUAAAAAUUUGGAUCGAGCAUACGGAUUUGCAGAACGAUGUAAUGAACCAGGUGUAUGGAGUUUAUUAGCAAAUGCGUAA